CCUCAGAGAUGGUAGCCUGAAUCGUGGACAAAACUACUCUCCUUUUAGAAAAUCUCCCUUUCAUUCCUCACAAACUGCAAUAGGAGGGAGAGACCCUGAAAUACAAAGGAAUUUUAUGGGCAACAGCGAUAACAGAGAAUUUAGCUUGAAGCCUUCUUCUUCAGCAAGCCAUCUUGUGGCCAGCCUCUUCCCUGUGUUUAAGAGUAAAGCAAAUCCAGAAGAUAAGAGAGCAACUGAAGAGCAUGCUCAGAACAAACAGAUGGACAAGUUAGAGGAGUAUGAAGGGGAGGCUCUAGUGCACCAAAAAGAAACCUCUUUGCUGGCUCAGAUGAAAGAAGAACAAGCAAAAGCAAUGGCUGUUCUCAGACAACAAAUAAACCAGAUUGAGGCACACAGUCCUGGGAAGAUGCAUUCCCUGGAAGAGUGCAAUAGUGACAAAGCUCUGAAAAUGGAGAAAAAAGGGGGAAACAUUGAAGAGCACACAAUAAUAAUUAAAAAAGAAGGAGAAGUAAGUGAAAUACAGAAGUUAAAGCAGCAAAUAAUUGGGCUGCAGGAGGCCUUUAGGAGAAAUGAGACCCAGUGGCAUGCUGCUCAUGACAAAUUAAGAAGUCAAGUUGAAGCUUUGACCAAGCAGAACCUGGAGCUUCAAUACGAGCUCAGAACCUCUGAGCAUCAGAAGAUGGAAGCGGAAAGAACGCAUGGGCACAUGGAGUUUCCUAGUAGAAGAACAGAAACGCCGGUCGCAGCAGCUAUUUUGAGUGGGGCAUCACCUCCAGAGGACCUGCAAGAGGGAGUGCUGCGAGGGAGCCAUGGAAGUCCCGGCAGUGGGCAUGGAGGAAGGAAAAUGCCACCAGACGUAUUUGUCCCGAAAGAUAGGAACACACAAGCAACAAGAAGUGAAUGGCAGAAAUCCGAGUUAUUGAAAUCCACAACAGGAGAACCAGGAAUGAAGAGCCCACCUAAAACCCUUCAUAACAGAAGUGUGACGCCGACAGGUCGAAAGACGCCUCAUCAAACACCAUUUGAAGUAGAGAAAGCAUCAUCUCAGGUGGAUCAGAUUCAGCAACAGAGUUAUGGAAGGAACUCCCCAUUGUCUUCCUCUAACCUGAAUGUAUUUAAGGAUACCAGUGAGUCUUCAUAUGUGAAAGGUGCAUACUUUCCCACCUCAGGCAGUUCAGAAGGAGCAGCUUUUUUAAAUAGCCAGAAUAAUGACAUUUUAAGAUCCACAGUCUUGGAUAAUGUGGAAAAGGAGAAGGAGAGCCUUCAGAGAUGUAAGAAGACCUCUGGAGAAGUGGCUGCGAUGACUGAUUCCUCUGGAAGAAGCAGUGUAAUCUCAAAUGGCAGGACAACACCUUCAGAAAAUAUUUCUGCUUUUCUGGAUGCUGCAAGAAAGACUUCUCCUUUGAAAUCAAUACUAUCAAGAAGAACAUCAGUACAUAUUGAGAGCAAAGAAGAUGGAGAAGUGAAAGAAAAAAUAGAGUAUCCAGAUGGAAAGGUAAAACAGCUUUUAAUGGACGGACGCCGAAUUACUACUUACCCCAAUGGCACAAAAGUGGAAAUUGGUGCUGAUAAAAGGACAACUGUUGUUAAUUAUUAUAAUGGAGAUAUUAAGAAGAUCUUACCAGAUCAGACAGUGAUUUAUUAUUAUGCAGAUGCACAAACAAGCAGAACUGUUUUCCCUCAUGGCUUGGAAGUGCUGCAGUUCCCUAAUAAACAGAUUGAAAAAUACUAUCCUGAUGGUACUGAAGAAAUUGUGUUUCCAGAUCAGACUGUGAAACUGCGGUAUGACGGAGGUCUUGAAGAAACUCUUUUUCCUGAUGGCACAGUAGUAAAAGUAGAAAAAAGUGGUGUUAAAACUAUCCGAUUUCGUAAUGGGCAAAAGGCGAUUCACAGUGCUGUGUCCACAAGAAGGGAGUAUCCUGAUGGCACUAUAAAGACUAUAUAUCCAAAUGGUCAACAGAGAACCAAGUAUUCCUCAGGGCGGGUUCAAAUCAAAGAUGAGAGAGAGACCCUCAUGGCCGACAAGAAGUAACUUAUUCCGCUGGGCAGUGCUCCAAGAGCCAUGUCAUGUUAUACUUUAUUUUUAUGUCAUCUUUUUAUCAGAAAGAUCUUUUAGGGUGACUCACAAUGGCUAAAAUACAGAUGUAGCUUUCAAUUUACAACAGAUUAAUUUAACUGUUGUUAAUUUAAGUUAAAGAACUGCUUCAUAGCUCAGCGGUUUAGGUAUCUGACUGCGGAAUCAAGGGUAGGGACUUCGAUUCCCCACU